AUGGAUGAAGAGUACGAUUACGUUGUGCUUGGUACCGGCCUGACGGAGUGUAUCCUGUCCGGUCUGCUGUCCGUCGAGGGCAAGAAAGUGCUGCACAUGGACAGGAAUGACUACUACGGAGGUGACAGCGCAUCUCUGAACCUUACACAACUGUACCGCAAGUUCCGCCCCGACCAGACGCCUCCGACCGAGCUCGGCCGCGACCGCGACUACGCCGUCGACUUGGUACCCAAGUUCAUUAUCGCAUCCGGCGAGCUCACCAAGAUCCUCGUCCACACCGAUGUCACGCGCUACCUCGAGUUCAAGCAGAUCGCUGGCUCCUUCGUCUUCCGCGACGGCAAGAUCUCCAAGGUCCCCAGUACCGAGAUGGAGGCUGUCCGUAGCCCGCUCAUGGGUAUCUUCGAGAAGCGCAGGGCGAAGAAGUUCUUUGAGUUCUUGCAGAACUGGAAGGAUGAGGACCCUGCUACCCACCAGGGCAUCAACCUCGACAAGGACACGAUGAAGACGGUGUACGAGAAGUUCGGUCUCGAGCCGGGUACUCAGGACUUCAUCGGCCACGCCAUGGCCCUCUACUUGGACGACGACUACAAGACGAAGCCCGCGCGCCCUGCAUACGAGCGUAUCGUCUUGUACACCUCGUCUAUGGCCCGCUACGGCAAAUCACCAUACAUCUACCCUCUCUACGGUCUCGGCGAACUCCCGCAGGCUUUCGCACGUCUAUCAGCCAUUUACGGUGGCACGUACAUGCUUGACAAGCCCGCACACGAGAUCGUGACGGAUGCCGAUGGCAAGUUCGUCGGUGUUCGCUCAGGAGACGAGGUCGUCAAGGCCAAGGGUGUCGUCGGUGACCCGAGCUACUUCGGUGCCGGUGCCGGCGACGGUGGCAAGGUCCGCGUAGUCGAGGAGGGCAAGGUCAUCCGUGCGAUCUGCAUCCUCAAGCAUCCCAUUCCCGGAACCGAGGACUCGGACAGCGCGCAGAUCAUCAUUCCUCAGAACCAGGUCAACCGCAAGAACGACAUCUACGUCGCUUGCGUCUCGUCUACGCACAAUGUCUGCGCGAAGGACGUCUACAUCGCCAUUGUCAGCACCAUCGUCGAGACUGACAAGCCUGAGCUCGAGAUCGCACCGGGUCUCCAGCUUCUCGGUCCCAUCUACGACAAGUUCGUCUCCAUCACUUCGACCUACACCCCGACGUCGGACGGCAAGUCGGACAACAUCUUCAUCACCAAGUCCUACGACGCGACCUCGCACUUCGAGACUGUCGUCGAGGACGUUCAGGACGUGUGGCAGCGCAUCAUGGGCGCGCCGCUCGUGCUCAAGAAGCGCGAAAACGUGGAGGUUCAGUAG